AUGCUGUUGAAGAGGCAAGCGCUCUCCGGAGCGUAUGGCGGCUUCCAAUGCUGCUUCUGCUCGACCUAUACCACGAGCACUUCCCCCACAGUCUUGCCGAUUCCCCGAGCAAGACCCAGUAAGAGACGGAACACCGGCACUGGCACACAAGAACGCCGGUAUGCCACAGUCAGGGACUCCUCUCGCAAGUCCUACGACUUCCGGGACAACAUGAACUGGCCAUGCUACGACCGUCCCUCCCAAUCCACCAGCCAGCAGUCUCCCACCACGCCCUCACCCUACGACAUCCUCGAACUCGAGAAAGGCGCCGCAUACUCCAAACACAAGUUUUACGAACUCGUCAAGAUCUACCAUCCCGACCGGCACAACUCCACCCCUGCCGACCAGCCUAUCCACACACUCACCCGCGUCGAACGCCUUGACCGGUACCGCCUCGUAGUCCAAGCCCACGAAAUUCUCUCGGACCCAGCCAAGCGACACGCAUUCGACAUGACUGGCGCAGGAUGGGGCAGCAAGACUGUGACAACGACCUACGCCAGAGGUUAUGACUACGCCGCCAACGAGUCUCCCUAUGCCAAUGCCACCUGGGAAGACUGGGAACGCUGGUACAAACAAACAGGCCACCCUGCGUACGGCCACGGCCCCGGCCCUUCCGAAGGGGUCUAUUUCAACCACAAUGCCUUCGCCUCGCUUGUAAUCGUCGUCGCAGUCAUCUCCGGCGUUCUCCAGGCCACGCACGUAAGCUCCUCAGCAGACGGCGUAGAGGAACGUGCUCGAGCAUUCACUGCGCAGACACACAAAUUCAUGAAUGAUCGGAAGGUCGAGAAUGCAACAUACUUUGAUUCCGAGGGAUCACAUGGAACGCCGGAGCCAGUGGUGCCGUUGUUGGGAGCUGCAGCGGAUGAAAGAGUACGGCAUUUCUUGGCGAGGCGGGACCCGAACCGAUAUGGGCUCAAGGAGGAAGAAGAGGAGCAUUAUCGGUUGCAUUUUCAAGGCAAGAACUUCGCACCACCGGGUAUGGCAAAGGCGGAGAAGCCUGAGCGGCGGCUUAGAGGCGAGGACGAUAGGGCAUGA